UCAUAAACCUUAUUCAUCAUUCUUCUAAAUUGUAGAAUGAAAGGUAUACAAUAGAUUUGCACCUGUAAAAUAUCUCCACACAACAUGUGAAAAACAUCACCAACUAAACCAUUUAAAUGUAUUCGACUUCGUACUGCAUUCGUCCCUCUGUUGUGAUUUAAGAAGUAAAUAAAUAAAUAAUUAUGGAUAUGGAGCAAAGCAUAAAACAAGAAAUGUUGAAUGAAAAGUCAAGGAACAACUCCAAUAUAUGUCUAACAGUUGAAUUGUGUGUGGUUUGUGGUGAUCGUGCUUCUGGCAGGCAUUAUGGGGCAAUUAGUUGUGAGGGAUGCAAGGGUUUCUUCAAAAGGUCAAUUCGUAAACAAUUGGGAUACCAGUGCAGGGGCAGCAAGAACUGUGAGGUGACCAAACAUCACAGGAACAGAUGUCAAUACUGUAGGCUACAGAAAUGUUUGGCAUGUGGAAUGAGAAGCGAUUCUGUACAACAUGAACGCAAACCAAUAAUCGACAAGAAAGAAUACCCAUCAAACAACACAGGAAACAAUUUCAACCAAAAUCAAGUGAAUUCAAUGAACAAGAUAUUCAUAAGGAAAGACUUGAACACAGCAGAAACAGCUUUAAUCCCAAAUCACUUCAACCCAUGCGACUUAGCUCUUCCCUUCUUAAACAAAAGAAUAGGAAACAACAAUACCACUGAUGUACCUUACCUAUCGUCACCCACCCAAAUCGGCUACGAAGAUGAUGUUUCAAUGGACAGUACAAACACUGGUACGGAACUGGUGGACGCUCUGGCCGUGGCCAGAGACAAACAACUAAUAUCCAAAGCUCUGGACACGAUGGCCCGUGUGCAAUCGCUUAACGGCGCCGACCUGUCCAAUUUGUCAGGCGACGAAAGGUCCUAUGACUACGACGGGCCCAUACUGCAGGAACAGCAUGUACCUUUCAACCUACAAAUCCCUGGACCCGUUCCGCCUUAUCUUAACAUCCAUUACAUAUGCGAAAGCGGGUCUAGGCUCCUGUUUUUGUCCGUGCAUUGGGCCAAAAACAUACCGGCCUUUCAAAUGUUAAGUACUGAUAACCAAAUCGCGUUGCUGCGGGGCUGCUGGUCGGAGCUGUUCACCCUAGGACUGGCUCAGUGUUCGCAUUCGCUGUCCCUGAGCACCAUUCUGUCGGCGCUGAUAAGCCACCUGCACGCUUCCAUUGCUCAAGACAAGAUGUCCCCCAAUAAGGUCAAGCAGGUGACCGACCACAUCGUGAAACUACAGGACUACGUGAACAUCAUGAACAGACUGCACAUCGACGAGAACGAAUACGCUUACCUGAAAGCGAUUACCAUGUUUUCGGUCGACCUACCUGAGGGUGUGCUCAGGAAGCAGAUCGAGAGACUGCAGGAAAAGUCCUUUCAGGCUUUACGUAACUACGUUAAUUUGAGUUUUCCCGACGACACAGAUCGAUUUCCGAGGUUGUUGCUGCGCUUGCCCCCGUUGAGGGCCCUAGAACCUGGCAUUUUGGAAGAACUGUUCUUUGCUGGAUUGAUAGGAAAAGUUCAGAUUGAUUCGGUGAUCCCUUAUAUUUUAAGGAUGGGGAACGGUCUAAGUUCGGACGGAAACAGGGCGGUGAAAACUGAACACAUGGAAGAAUUUGGAUGUAAAUGACCUGACCUUUGGUGAUCUUAUUGCAAUUUAUAUAUUAUUUAUUAUUUAGAUUUAUUUAAGUAUUUUAAGAAAGGGUUAAUUAUUGCUACUUAAUAUAUUUAUAUUGAUCUCUAGAACACUAGUAAAAUUCCUUUAUGUGGAUGUUUACGUCUGUAGAUUUCUGUAGAUCUAAAAGGACUACUUUUUUGGUGAUGGGCGAGUCAGGGUCGGUAUAAUCGAUCGAGUGGACUCGACUCGACUGCAAGAAAACCAUCAAUUGACUUAAAUUUCACUGAUUCGCCCAUUACUGCUAUUUUUAUUUUUCAUCAUACAUAAAGACAUCCUUACAUUUCUAUUGUGACUGAUUUUUCAAGAAUGUUAGGGUAAUUUUUUGUGAAUUAUGGUACCCAUGUGCCUUCAAAAGACAAUGUACCCCAGAGACCAUGUAUUUUUUGUAUUAUAAUAAAACAUUUUUCUACCACCAAA